AUGCUCUCUCUCCUCGAUACCCUCGACUUCCUCCCCGCCCUCGUCUCCGUCUCUCUGACAGUCACCUGGGCCAUCGUCUCCGGCCUCUGGCGUUCCUCUGCCUAUCCUCCCACGUUUAUGCUCCAUGUGGGCUACGCUGCCUUCCGCAAGGCCACUGCGCGCAUGUCCAUCGCGCAGAUGCAGGCCAUGUUGCCGCUGUCUCACCGCGUCUACGAUCGCUACGUGCGACACGCCCGGCUGACUCCGGACACGGUGAAGCUGGACCACGGCGCCAUGGGGCACUGGAUGGGCGAUCGCAAGGCCACCAACGUGCUGGUCUGGUACCAUGGCGGUGGAUUCGCCCUGCCUGCCAACGAAGGCUACUUCAAGUUCUAUACGCGACUGCGCGCCGACGCCGCCCGGCACGGCAAGUCGCUGGCCGUCUUCAGUCUCACCUACACGCUGGCUCCCGGGGCCACCUAUCCCACGCAGCUGCGUCAGGCGGUCACGGCGCUACGCUACGUGCUGGACCGCGGAUAUGCCGCCGACCGUAUCUUCCUGGGGGGAGACUCGGCCGGUGGGAACCUGGUGGGCGGCGUGCUCUCACAUCUGGCGCAUCCCCAUCCAGCCAUCGACCCGUUGACUGUCUCCGGGUCUUUAGGCGGCGCCGUCAUGAUCGCCCCCUGGGUGUCGCUGGACGCCGAUCACGCCGAGCGCCACGAGAUCGACUCGCGUGGCGAUCUGAUCACGCCCGCCGUGGCUGGGCCCUGGUCGCGCGCGUAUCUGGGGACUGCGACUCGGGAUUUCUAUACGGAUCUGGCGAUGGCGCCGCCGGACUGGUUUGCGUCGUUCCCCGUGGCGAGGGUGCUGGUGUGCGCGGGGGGCAGCGAGAUCCUGCUGCCCAUCGUCGAGGAGUUUGUCGAACGAUUCCGCAAGGGGUUCUCGGCGGUGGAUUUCUGCGUGGGCGAGCGUGAGGGCCAUGUGGCGCCGAUUUAUAACUUGUAUAUAGGGGAUUCGACCGAGACACAGCAGGGGAAGAGGGUGCAGAGUUGGUUGCGAGAGGUCCUACAUUGA